GACUUGACUACCUGACCCACCGGUCCCAGUCCAGCGUUUCCUCCCACCUCUUUCCCCACGGCCAUGGCCAUGGCCAUGUCCCCACUUGUCCCCUCCAGCAGCCAACAGCGUUCAGCUGCUGCGAGGCGCUAGCCUAGAUACCAGGGAUACCUACCCAGGUACAUGGCGCCUUGGGCUGAUCCCAGCCCGAUUUCCUGCGCCGCUCCUCUUGAUGAACCCACCACCACCCUCGUCCUCCACCAAUCUUGCAUCCUCCUACCGUUGCCCGCACUCACCCAUCAUCCUUCUCCCUCCCUCUCCCUCUCCCAACCUUCCCUCUCCGUCGCCCUCGACCCCGUUCACGCCGUCUCGUUGCAUCCUCCAGCUGGUUUUUCAACCACACACGCCAGGGAGUCGGUCGGUUUGCUGCGGUGCUGUACCGAGAGCGGGUCGCUUUGGUCUUGAAACGCUGUUGUGGCUCUGUCGGCAGCCAGCUGGUCGGCCUUGUCACUUUCAUCGCUUUGACCGAACUCAAUUCCACUCGUCCCAAUCACAGCGGCACUGGCCUUUCCCUCCUUGUUUUCUUCUUCGCCGGGUCUUGCCUUGACUUGGCCUGCUUUGCAUUGCCCGCCGGCCAGUCACCACAACAGGAAUACAGGCCCAGGAGAGCCAGAACACACCCAAAGCGAGUAAGCUUAUUACUCCCGCCGGCCGUCCCCGGCCUCUCAACCUUCACCUCUCCUUGUCGUCUCUCCCCCUUCUGUUCCCACUCUCUCAUUCACCCUGUCCGCUCGGCUGCCCUGCGAUCGUGACAACUCUGGCAGGCGCUUGAGCCAUGACAUCGCCCGCGCACAGCAGUCAGGAACAGCAUUGCUAACCCUCUCACCAGCAGCCGGGACCAUUUGACGCUGCUGUUCGCACCAGUGCAACGUUUUUCUCACAUUGUGCUAUUCGCCGCCACAGUGUGGUGUUCUGUAUCACCAUUUCCCACUCGCGUGCGGCACACGCACGACUGCAGCAGCAAACAUGGUGGUCAACCUCGGUCCACCCGCGCCGCCCACCAGGGAAGGUGAUAUCAUGACCAUCUCGAGAGUCACCCGCGAUGGUCGUCGCCUUCACUAUGACCUCCAGGUCCUGCAGCAGCCGGAGCGGGCCCGUGCCUGCGGCUCUGGCCCAAAGUCUUCUGCCGAUCGCCGACCCGUUGAUCCACCACCUGUGGUGCAGAUGAAGAUAUUCGAGGGCCCGCACAGGGAGAACGCCAAGGACAUCACCUUCUCCUACAAUGCCGAUUUCUUCCUCUACGCCAAUCUGCACCACGCCCCAGACAUGGGCAGCGGGCGAGUCGCUCAACCCGGCACGCCCCCGGUUCUCACCGGCAUGCCUGUAUCGAGUAUGAUCCUGCUGGACCGGCCAACCGAGGCCGGCUAUUUCAUCUUUUCUGAUCUUUCGGUGCGCCACGAGGGCAAGUACUACCUGACGUUUUCCCUCAUGGAGGAGGUUAAGGAGGACAGAGACAAGGAUGCCGACGAGCACAUGUCUGGCACCGACGAGAUCGUUGGUCCCGAUACUGGUCCCGGCCAGGAGGCACGCUGCUGGAACUUCCGAACGACGGUUCAUACGGACGAGUUCGAUGUGUACAGCGCCAAGAAGUUCCCAGGCCUUCAGGAGAGCACACAGCUGAGCCGCACUGUCGCCGAGCAAGGCUGCCGGGUCCGCAUCCGCCGCGAUGUUCGAAUGAGACGCAGGGAGAAGGGCAAGGGCAAGGAUACCAGUGCUCGGGACGACGAGUACACUCGUGCGGCAGCGGUUGCUACCGCCGUGCCGCCGCCCCCGGAGAGGACCCCGACUACCCGCGGCCGCUCUUCCAGCAAUGCGAGCCUGGAGCGCGCACCAUAUCCCCAGGACCUACACCGACGCCAGUCGGGGAUGGACUUCGCCCCUCCGAGGCCACCAUUCCCCGCAUCUGAGCCCUCCGCAAACAGGCAUCUCAACUUUGGUGGUCAACCCGGGCCAUACGCUCACCCGCAGUCGGUUCCAAGCUCGCCGUCAUACCCGCCAAACGGACCGCACUACGGCCACAGGUCGUCGUACUCUUACAAGCCGGAGCUGUCGCCCACGCAUGCUUACACGCCUCAGACCGCCCCUGUCCAAAGAGAUGCGACGUACCAGCGACCACAACCGGCUGCGAACCCGCCGCCACCCACACUGGCCCCGAGGCUCGAGCCGGACGUGGAGACACAACGGCGCAGGGACACUGUCCUCCCGCCCAUCUCGGAGUUUGCAAACGGUGUUGCGCCACAGCGCAAGUACUCCUCCAGCGCAAUGCCCCUCGCGCCGAUGCCGCCUCGCACUCAGCCGUACCAGGCACACAAGGAUCUGUCAUCACCCUCCACGGCGGAGCACCAACUGGCGCCAUACAAGAUGGAGUCACGCCACUCUCCGUACCACAAGGUCGAGUACGCGUCGCCCCCGGCACCUGCAGGACCGUACAGUGGACCACCGCUGGUGGCGGAACCGUCAUUGUCGCACAACAAGCGGCGGCACGCGGAUGCUUUCCCGACUGCAGACUACGGGCGCCCCCAGUACAGCCGGUGGGAGAACGGGGCUCACCAUUACAACUUCAGUGAGGCCAGCUACGACCGUGCGAGCGGAACAACGGUCGACGCCCUUUUCGCCCCAGUCAGGGAUUAAUUGACCGUAGCGCUGGGCCUGGCCUCUCCCACUUGCUUUUGUUUUUGAGGACUUGGCCCCUUAAUCUUUGUUUUCAAUGGUGUGGUGUGUGGUUUUGGAGGAGUGCAAACUCCUGAGCAGGUUGUCCCUGUGUCUCUCUUUUGUCUGUUGGGUUGUGGUCUGUCUAGGCGUCUCGGGAUCCGGGAAAGAUAUCAGAAUCAUGCUGGGCCUCGGCGUUUUACUUUGUAUCCUUUUUUUCUGGCUAGUUUUGGAAACAGGAGACAGUCAGUUGGCACGGCACGGCACGGCAGUGGCAGCACGCGCCGCAGCACAUGUCCCUGUAACAGAGAGACUCAACUGUAUAGUUCAGCAAGACAUCCUACUAGUACGGGAAUCCAGUGGGCCAGCGCUGGUCUCUGUGGCCCUAGAUUUUGGUUGCUGCAGGGCUGAAUAAAAGUUUCAAUCCAGUG